CAUCGUCUACGGCGGACACAUCAUUCAAACAUCAUUCGAGCAUUUGCGUUCCAAGCGAAAGCAUACCGCACGUAUUUAUUCAAUCUUUCUUUCUUAUUGAUAGCAGUUAGAAUUAAUUUAUCUAUUCGUACGUACUAAACUAGACACUAAUCGAUUUUAAUAUGUCCUGGUAUUAUACUCCUCACCCCACUGUAUAUCCAGCGGAAGAAUUCGAUGCCUCAGCCGAUGCCAACGCACUGCGGAAGGCUAUGAAGGGCUUCGGAACCGAUGAGGAGGCCAUCAUCCACGUUUUGUGUGCUAGGACAAACGAACAACGUCAAGAAAUCUCGGAGGCUUUCACUCGAGAGUUGGGUCGGGACUUGAUUGACGAUCUGAAAUCCGAGCUGGGUGGCAAGUUUGAGGAUGUAAUCGUCGGAUUAAUGUUGCCACCAGCCAAGUACCUCUGCAAGCAAUUGCACAAGGCUAUGGAUGGGAUCGGAACUAACGAGAAGACGUUGAUCGAGAUUUUGUGCUCGCUGAACAAUGAGCAGAUGCACGAUGUCGUGGCCAACUAUGAGGAGAUGUACGACCGCCCAUUGGCGGAGCAUCUUUGCAGUGAAACCUCCGGAAGUUUCCGUCGACUGCUGACGAUGAUCUGUAUUGGUUCACGCGAUCCCCAAGGAACCGUUGAUCAGGAUCUGGCCGUCGAACAAGCGAACCAGUUGUACAAUGCGGGCGAAGGAAAGUUGGGUACUGAUGAGGAAGUUUUCUACAAAAUCCUGGCUCAUGCCAGCUUCGAUCAGCUGGAGAUUGUUUUUGAUGAGUACAAAAGCCUCACCGGUCGUACGAUAGAGCAGGCACUGAAAUCCGAACUGAGCGGAGAACUUUACGAUGCCCUGAGCUCGAUCGUGGAAUGCGUACAGAUGACCCCGCAUUUUUUCGCCAAAAGGCUACAUAAGGCGAUGGAUGGGGUCGGCACUGACGACGCAUCUCUUAUUCGCAUCAUCAUCUGCCGAUCGGAAAUCGAUCUUCAGAACAUUAAGGACGAGUUCGAACAAAUGUACAACAAAUCGCUAUACAGCGUCGUCAAGGGAGAAACGUCUGGUGAUUACAAACGUGCUUUACUUGCACUUAUCGGCGAUGCUUGAAGCAAUCAUCCCCUCAUACAUGUCUAAAUUGCGAGAAUGAAAAAAAUACCUAGAUGUAUGCAGCGUACGUCACCGUUUUGCCAAGCAAUUCACCCGUUUAAGGCGCACAGUAUUACGACAGACUCGAAUCUUUAACCCCCUCAAUAAAAAAAUCGUCGCCGUAUAAUUUUUCUGUGAGCAGUUAUACGGAAAGCUCUAACGAAAUAUUUAUUGGGGGUUCUGAAUCUCAUUGGAUCAAAUUUACGCGUAGAAUAUUCAACUCUGUAUUUGUUGCGAAAAUAACUCAUCUGUUGUUGAGCAUAUAAUUCUCGUGCAUGCAUCGAAAUCGCUGUAUAUGUGUGUAUUUAUGUGUAUCUAUUUUAAAAAUAAACUACUCUACCCUGCAACGGAAAA